GUCCUCCCGAGACAUUUUCUAAGCAGGGCUUUCAACACAGAUUUUAAAAACAGCGUCGUUACAUAAAGCAAAUACCAAAUAAGGACGCCAUGGCACUGUUGCAUGAAGGGACGCGUAGCUGGUGGAGCGACUGAUUUUCAAAGUUUCUCUUCCCUCUCUGGCAGAUGGUAUCAGCUGGGCUAGCUAGCCACGGCUACAUAGCUUUUGUCAGCAUCGCUGCUUGAACUUCUUGCCUGCGCUCUCGUCAGGUUUAAAGUAGUGAUGAUGCACAGUGCAGGAGUGUCCCAGGAGCCAUUGCAAGGUGCAGGUGAACGGGUAGAAUUUGCACACAUGUCGUCAAAAGAAACCCCCGGAUCCACAGACGCCUCUGAGGUGGGGAGCCCACGCUCCGCCCCGAACUUUGACCUCCUCAACAUGGUUGUGUCUUACAAGAAAAUGGCACUUUAUCUAGAGCCUGUUACAGAUGCAGUGGAGUUGACUCGCUUCCUACUUGGGUGGAGGAUGCCUCUGUGCUCUCUGCUUGUCUGUAUUCUCCUCAAUAUUUUCUUCUUCACUAUCAAUGAGGUGGGUUGUUUCUCAGUGUGUGUGCUGGGGGUGUUGGCACCUGCUGCCCUGGGUUACCUGCAGGACAGGUGUGGGAGCAGGGCCUCAGAGUCUGAGCUCCAGAGAAGCCGGUACCACACCAUGCAUCGCAGAGACCUGCAGACUGUACAUCUCACCAAACAAGAGGCUAUGCUGGAAGUCAAAGACCUGUUAAAGCAGUUAGAUGGUAUGCUGUCCUCUGCCUGCUUGUCUGCAGAAUCUGUUUACAAAGUUCUAUACUGGGACAAUCAGUCCAAGUCAUCAAGGUUCUAUGGGGUGGUGUUGAUUAUGGUGUGUCUACUGUACACCUGUCCAGUGGGGCUGGUGCUGGCCGUGCUCAAUAGCAUCCUCUUCUUAUGGAACAGUGACUUCUGCAGAGUUCUUCUGGGCCUCCGGGAAUUGUUCCACCUGGGUCAUGUCGAGGCGUCAGAGAAGGAGACAGAUUGCUCUGAACAGGACCGUGGCAGCCUGCUGGACAGGACCCCCACGCCGACUAGUUUGGAGGAUCUGUCUCCUGGCAGCGUGGAGGAGGCCGAGGAGGCAGAACCUGACGAUGAGUUUAAAGAUGCCAUUGAGGAGGAUGACGAGGGGACUAUGGGGACGCCAGACUAUGACACCAUCUCUGACAAUGGCCUCCUGAGUCGCAAUGAACCAAUACGUAGUAAGGUGUCCAAGUUGACAGAGAAGCUACGCAAGCGCUACCCCACCACUAGCACAGGUAACUGUUCCAGUUGCAAUGCUGUCUUCAAUGUGCUGAAGAAACGGAGGAGCUGCAGUAAUUGUGGGAACAGCUUCUGUUCUCGGUGCUGUUCUUUCAAGGUCCUCAAGUCCUGCAUGGGGGCAACAGCUCCAGAGGCCCAGAGAGAGACCGUAUUUGUCUGCGGUGUCUGUAACUCCUCCCUCAACAAGUUAUUAUGAAAAAAGUCAUUGUAAGAGAAUACCUGUCAGUCCUCUCUCCGGUGGUCCGCUCAGUGACAUCCACUGUUUUCCCUUCACUAGCCUGCUGUCGAUGCCUUUCCAAGUUAAGGCACAUAUAUGUGAAGAUGGAGCCCCUUCCUUCAGAUUCCCUGUUUUGAUUGCAUCCCUCUUUGGCUUUUUUUCCAUCAGGGAAUUACUUUCCUGUGCUACGUUACUGUAUCGUGUUCUCAUAUCCUUUACCUCAAGGCGUAAUGGGGAUCUUCAGAGUUGGAUGUGGGAAAGGGGGGCAUAUUAGCAGUUCUGGCAUCCCAGGAACUUGAAACUAUAGAUGAAUGAUACUGAUACAAAGCAAUGUUUUAGGACCUUGGCAUUUCCCCUCGCUGGGCAGAGGAAGACAGCAUAGUUUUAGUACUGAAGGGCGUUAAGUUGGGUAAAUAAGCCUAUGGUUCUGGAAUGUUGUGCUUUUACAUGCUUUGCUCAUCCACUUACAUGAGUUAAGAACUGAUCUGUGUGUCGCAUUUAAGUUAUUUGAUGGUAACAAGGCUAUUUUAUUUAAAAGCAUUUCUGUGGGAGUAUCAUAACCCCCCCAAAAAAAAAGAUCAGGGGGGGUGUGUUUUUAUGCCAAUUCGGACACAAAUGAUUGUAGUUGCUUGCUUUUAAUUUAAUCAUAUAAACAUGUUAAUGUAAAAUGGUCCUAUAUGUAUCUGUUGUAUUUAAUUUAAACCCCUGUAAAUUCUCUGUAGCUUGCUCACUAUGGAUGAUAUAUGCUAUCAAUGAAUAAUAAAUUGUAA